AUGUCAAUUCUCAUUACUGGUGCGGGUGGCUAUGUUGGCCAGGAAUUGGCCGCUUCUCUUCUCGCCAGUACCCCAGCAUCAACGACCGUCACAAUCACAGAUGUCGUCGAGCCUGAAGUUCCCGAGUCGGCGACAGAGCAUGCGAGCCGUCUGAAAUGUGUCAAGGCUGACCUGACCUCGACUCAAGAGGUGGAUGAAUUGAUCACCGCAUCUCACCCCUAUGAAACGGUUUACAUUUUGCACGGCAUCAUGUCCGGCGGUUCGGAGGCAAACUUUGAGCUCGGAGUGCGUGUCAAUCUCGACUCAGUCCGAUAUAUCCUGGACCGAUUACGCACCACAACGCCUGGAGCGAAAGUGGUGUUCACAUCAUCACUCGCAGUCUACGGCCCCGCAGCUCCAGGGUUCGUCAUUGACGAAACAAAUUUCCCACCUGUGCCUUCAUCAUCAUAUGGAUCGCAGAAGCUCAUUGUCGAAACACUGCUGAACGAUUACUCGCGACGAGGAUUCCUGGAUGGCCGGUGCGUGCGAUUGCCAACGGUCACUGUGAGAGCUGGAAAGCCUACACAGGCUGCCAGUAGUUUUGCAAGUGAUAUCAUUCGCGAGCCUUUCCACGGAAAGAAGGCGAUUCUGCCUGUGUCCAAGGAGACGGAGAUGUGGAUCUGUUCACCGCACACUGUGAUCAAGAACCUGAUCCACGCGCGCUCUAUUCCGAAGGAGGCAUUUGGGGAGUCACGAUCUGUCAAUCUCCCUGGGCUGAAAGUUAGCAUCCAACAGAUGCUGGAUGCGUUGUUGGAGGUCGGUGGGCCAGAGCGUCGGGCUUUGGUGGAGGAGAAGUAUGAUGCUGCUACUGACAAGAUCGUUCAAUCCUGGACUCCUCAAUUUGAUACUGCGCGUGCCUUCAAGCUGGGCUUUGCGGCUGAUAUUUCCAUGGAAGAGAACAUCAAGCAGUUUGCGAGCAAGUUUGUAUGA